GGGCGAGGAGCCCCAGGGCGGGGGGGAGGGGAGCAGGAGCCCUAGGGAGGGACGCCCCUCGAUCAGGAACCCUGGGGAAGAGCUACCCCCCCCCCAAGAGAAGGUGGACCCCCCGACCCCGGGGAGGCGAUACUGACCUCCCAAAGAAAAGGGGCAGGAACUUCAGGGGAGAGAGCCCAGCAGGCAAAGGGGGGGGGGGGAUCAGCCCCAAGGAAACGACCCCCAGAGGGAUGGGGAUAUGAACCCUGUCGUGAGAGCUUCAGGGCUCUCCUGCUUUAUAAUGUCCUUCUCUAGCUCCUUCUAAGCCAGGUGCUCGGAGUGCUUUGCAUGCAUUAAUGAAUUCAUUCUUACACAUGCUUCACAGAACAAAUGCUAGGUACAAAUGACAAAGCUGGUGCAGAGAGGAAAGGUGAUUUGGCCAAGAUCACACAGCAGCUCAGUGGCACAGCAUUGGAUCUAGGCAGCUGGCUUUCCCACCCUCUGCUCUGAUGGUUCCACACAUCAUAUUGUACCAUAUUCACACAUUUGAGGAAUUAAUGAAAAUUGAUUUGCAGCGAUUGUUUCCAGCAAUGCCAUUGCUUCCCAAGAGACAGUGGAGAAUGUUAAAUUAAUUUAUCCUGAAACAGUCAAUCUCCUUAUAAAAGAGAAAUAAAUGGUUCUGCAGAAUGUCCGUUUAUUUAUGACAACAAAAGGUAAAGAGAAAGAUAUAUGAAUAAUGAUAAGGGUUUCUUUUGCCAGAUAAACCAAUGGUGGUUUUACUCCAGAAGGACUGGAAAAGACAGCCUAGAUCUAGUGACCAAAUGAAAUGUUUCAGAGGAACGAAAAACUCACGAAUAAAGCACCUGCUGAUCAGCUCAUACCUAGAGAAGCCAAACAAAUUCUUUAGCAGCACCCAGAAAACUACUGCUACUCACCACCAAAACCUGAGAGGGCUGGAAAAGAGCCAGAUACUGCACAGCAACGAGGAAGAAACUUCAUUAUUUAAAAAACAAAUUGAAACUAGCUUGUCUCCAUAUAUAGAGGCGAGUCCCACCAUUGAUGACUUAGAAGAAAGUUUGCGGAAACUUAAAGUUCAGGUGGACAGCUUAGCUUCAAGUCUGAGUUUUGACCCUGAUCAAGACUAUGCCAUAGAGUCUGGCACAACAGUCAACUCAAGCACCUUCAAUUUUAUGUGGCCAAGAGUUAAUAAUGGGUCCUAUGGAGAGGCAGACAUUGGAGAUUCACCGACACAAUCUGCAGAGUCAGCGUGGUUUCUGAACCCAAGACAUUUAGUCAAGCCACUGGGAGAAUAUCCGGCACUAACAAGCUUAGGCCUUCCAACAUUCUCCACAUCAUCGGUCAACCGUGUGCCAGGGCUCCUGGGGAGUGAGAUUGCAAGUCGGAACUAUUUGCCAUCACUGGAUCUUGCACAUACAGAAUCUUUCCCAGUGAAGCUCGGUGCUCCUCAUGUGAUUGGAGUCAGGUCGUUGUUGCCCCCUAAAAUCCCAGUGCGGGAUCGCUCUCCUGAGAGGGUCACGUCUACCUUAGACAGAGGCAGGUCCCUCUCCUUUGAUCGUUCUGGGACCAACCGAUCCCGUUCAUUCUCUCCAGCUCCCAAAAGAACCCGCUGGCUAAGAUCUCGCUCACAGUCACCUAGACCCAUCUGGAGACCAAAUUCUGCUAAGGCAAAUGCCUGUGCCCAGCCUCCACCAAACUUUGGCAGGUCCAGAUACAGCAGAAAGAAAACGGCUUCAACCAGACAAUCACGAUCCAGAAUAUACAAACCAGGAGCCCUGGCUGCCAGGUCCUGUACUCCAGCCAGGAUGAAUACAAGGGGAACAGUGAACUAUUCUUGGAGCCCUUAUAGUCUGCCCUCCACUGCCGUAUCCUCACCAACAGCUCAGGAGAUUAACGAAAGGUUUUUGCAGACUCUUGCCGAAGGUGCUGUUGGGAGGUCCCUGAUCGAAAUGUCCCCGUAUCAGAAGGAGCUGACUCGACUCAGGCUGGAGCGCCUGCGUGUGGAGGAGGAAUGGUUAUUAGAACUAAAGAGGCAGCAAGAACUGGAGCGAACUCGGGGUCCAAAGCCAAAAUGGUAUGAGAUGAAGAACUCCCAGUUUCAUUAUGAAGCCCACAAGAAUAAUGAGUUGCUGAGGAGCAGCCAGGACUUGCAGUCUGUGUAUAACUAUAGGCAGGAACUGGCAUCAGUGUCCAAGGAAUUCCAACAGCAUCUGAAACCUGCUCACCUGCACUCUCUCUAAUAACAAAAACACAUGGGAAGAGCUCGAACUAACCUGUACUGGAAGCAGAUGCAAGCAGAGACUCCAGCUUGUAAAUUCUGGGAUGUCCAUGUGCUGCGGUUAAUGAACAGGAAACAAGAUGGUAGAAAGGAGAAUUCUUUGGAUCCAGUUGCCAAAGGGCCAGUCCCACCCCGAUGCAUCUUCAUUGCCUUCUGCACUGAAUUUGGUUCAUUAUUGUAAAUAACAAAUCACAAAUUCUAUUCAUAUCUGUGCUCCAGGCCAGCAGAAAAUCGUGCUGGCUCUCUGCACAGCAGGGGGUAGGGGACUUUUACCUACGAGGAAUGAUCCCUAAUCAACUUACUUGCAGCAUAAAGAACCUUUUAAUGAAGUGUUGGGAAAGGCAGAAAGGAAAAGUGAAGGGUCUCAAACCAUAGAAAGGUUGGUCUAUAAUGAGGACAUCAGACACAGACCUAAAGCCCUUGCUGUCAGAUCCUGCAGCUUGGGAGGAUGAAAAGCACAGAAUAUGGCAUUGAUUGGCUCGGACAUGUUAAUAAAUAGCAGAAUGGCAUUUGUUCAGCGUUUCCACUGACUGUAUCCUUUUUUUCAACACUUGCUUCCAUCAAAGUGCAGUUUAAGAACGAGUCCCCGCUCUUCAUUUUUUUCUUUAAUCCCUUCUGUAAUUAACUGCUGGCAAGUAAAGUAUUCCAAAACCAGCCAGUUGCCCAGGGACAGCGGCAAACAAAAAGCGAACUGCUUCCUACAGCAACUUAUAAAUGUUAGCAUUUUGGUGCUACUUGAUCCCAAGAUGCAAUGGAAACAGUUCUGGAAACCAAAUAAAAGGCAGGCUGGCGCGUUAGUUUGUUUUGAAGAUUUUAGCCUGCAGCAUCCAUUAGUUACACAAUUUACAAGCAACCAGUCCCGGGAUGAUCCGUCUCCAUUCUCAAAACAGUAUAAUUAAUUCUGCUUUAAUAACUUUCUAAUUAACAUUUUAAAUCCUCCAUCAGGGGCAUUAGAAUAUACUGAUUGUUUUAAUAACACUAUCACCAGUUGUCAUUGCAAGCACUGGGCUUGAGUAUAGGCCUUGGUUUGGAGCACUUCAGCUAUCCAGCAUAGAUAAUCUAUUUGCUACACUAAAGGCAAAAUAGUCUGAGAGGGGAGCUGGGACUAGGGACUCAUUUCACAAGUCCAGAAGGGCCCAAAUAAAGAAGAAAAUUAAAAAUGUCUUUUCUCUCCCAGCUCAUUUAUGUCUGACAAACAGAUUGGCAUUAUCCUCUACUGGAGAGAUCAAUAGUUGCUGUAGUUGUUUACCUCUCCUGGGGAAGCUACUGCACUAACCUGCCAGUCUCACACUGGGAGAAAGUAACAGAAUUACUGAGAAUAUGGGUACUUCUUUAAAAUCCAUUCCAGUUCAUUUACAGUUGUAUUGAUCUGCAGUGUAUAGGACAGAAAGAUACCAUGUUAGGCAACAGAUCACCCCCCCUUUUCCCAUCAGUACCCUUAGAUAAAUUGAAAUGUUUAAAAUUACAUUUCCUUCUCAUUGUUUAUACUGGCUUAGCUUUUGCAUUUCGGUGCAAGCUUGAAGUGAACCCAGUCGGUUUCACUUGCUUCUCGUGUAUUAGCAGGAUGCUACUGUGCGUGGGUUGUAAAUAUCACUGGGAGGUUGGAGUUUAAAUAAAUAAAACUUUUAAUUGAAAUAAAACUCCUAACAGUUGUAUUAGGUUUUAUUAAAUUUCCUCCUCCUCCUCCCCCCCUAAAACCACUCCAAAACCUAAACAGUGGGCUAUGCUUCCUGGCCCCCCCCC